UCAUAUGGAACUUUGUUUAUUUGUCUUCGAGUCUGAUUUGAAAGAGAAAAUUUAAAGGGACAGAACACACCAUGAGAAUCUUUUAGAGAGUUUGAACAGAAGUAUUCUACAAGCACCUUGUUAAAAUGAUGCUCCGCUCUGUUCGGUACCUUCGUACAACUGGCAGCUACAUUGGCCAAUGCAAAACAUUUUGCAGUAAUGCAGCCGCCAAUGAUGCUACUAACUCGCAGAAAAAUGAACAUUUUGAUAUUGUCAUCGCUGGCGGUGGGAUGGUUGGAACCACAAUGGCCUGCUCCUUGGCUCGAAAUGCAAUGCUAAGGGACAAGAAAAUAUUGCUCUUGGAAGCUAGCCCAGCAAAGGAAUACAGGUUGACUUCAAAAUAUAGCAACAGGGUCUCGGCCUUGAGCGAGGCCACAAUAAGUCUGAUGAUGGAAAUUGAUGCCUGGCCAUUAAUUGAGGAUGCCAGAUAUUGCCCAGUCAAAAAGAUGCAGGUCUGGGAAACUAGUUCUGAGGCUGUAUUGAACUUCAACAAUCCUCAUAUGGACGAUCCAAUUGCGUAUAUAGUCGAGAACGACGUUCUCUUGGGAGCUGUCUCCAAGAUAUUAACCGAAACUAAUGCCUCUGUAAAAUAUGGGACUAAAAUUGAGUCCUGUAACUUGCUGGAUGCUGACGAGAAGCCAAAAGUGACACUGUCUUCAGGAGAGCAAAUUUCUUGCAGCCUCUUGAUUGGAGCCGACGGUGCUGGAUCUCAAGUCAGAAAGGCCAUUGGCGGAAAGUAUCUUUCUUGGAACUAUGACUACAUGGGAGUAGUUGCUACUCUCAAAUUUUCAGAGGCGACGAGCAACGUGGUGGCCUGGCAGAGGUUCCUUCCAACUGGCCCCAUCGCCCUGCUGCCUCUGAAUGACGAGAUGAGCUCGCUGGUGUGGUCGCUGCCCAACGACAGAGCCAAGCAAGUGCUUGAACUCUCUGCCGAGUCCUUCGUUGACGCAGUCAAUGACGCAUUUUGGAAGCAGCACAAGCAGGAGCAGGUGGUGGUAGACACGACGCGCAGCCUGGGCAGAACGCUGGCCUCUAUUCUGCCCUUCUCGACCUCCAGCCCUGGUUCCCAGCAGCUGCAGCCGACAGUCGCGUCCGUCGAGGAGGGCAGCAGGGCAGCCUUUCCUCUGGGCUUUGGCCACGCAUCUUACUACGCGAGACUAGGCGCGGUACUUAUUGGGGAUGCCGCCCACAGAAUCCACCCUCUGGCCGGUCAGGGCGUGAAUCUGGGCUUUGGAGACGUCAAGUGCCUAGCUGAAAUUCUUGCAACCAGUGCCCAAAACGGGACGCCGCUGGGACAACUGAAGCCUCUGCUGGACUACGAGCGGCAGCGGCAGCUGCACAACCUACCCUUGAUGCUGGGGGUUGACGGCCUGCACCGUCUCUACACUGCUAACAACACGGUGGCCGCGCUGGCAAGAGGAGUCGGGGUCACUGUGGUGGAGGCACUCACGCCCCUCAAAGGAUUUUUUGCAAAAUACGCCGCCAGUUGAGUCUUGUUUUAAAAGAUUAAAAGUCUAAGUAUCAUCCAUGUUGAAUUCGCUUGUUUUAAUUUUUUAUUUUAGCCCAUCUAACUAAAAAGUGAUAAGAGCCUCUUUGGUUUAUAAUAAUUGAAUUUUUUUUAAUAGCUCAAUAACCUCAUCAAAUAUAAUAUCUGGUUUUUAUGCCACUCCUUAGUUUGCCAUUAAAUAAAAAACAAAAGGUUCUACCGCUUGUGCUUAUUCUUCUAGCAGUUUCCUUUAUUUUUUAUGUAGGUAAAAACAGUUGGCAAUGAAAAGCUGUGGGUUAAUUUUAAUAUUUUUAUGCGUUUUUAUUUUUCAUUAUGUACCAUAAUAAUUAAAUAAUGUGAAAACCAAAGUUGAUUUUAUUUCAUCCUGGACGAUCUUUGAUCAGAGAAAGAAAUUUCCUGAUUCUUCAAUUAUUUUAUUUUUCAUCAACCGUGUUGUUCUCCGUGAUCAUUUUUUAUGUCAUUAAAUCGUGUUUAUUCAUGCUAUGGUAGUGGAUAUAAUUUAAUGUUGUGUCUUGUUCACAUUUUGUGUGUAUGUGUGAUGCGCGCGCAAUUAGUCGAUGAUGAAUGAGAAUGGAUGCUUUUUUAUUACACAAUUCAAUUAUUAUACCAUAAU